AUGGGAGCCGGUUAUCUCUUCAACCUUCCCGUCUCAAUCCCUUUUUGGAUUGAUAUCAAGGGUCUUCCCCUCCACUUUUGGCACGAGAAAGUUAUUUACAACAUUGGACUGGAGCUGGGAACCCUUGAUGACUACAUCAUCUCCCAGACGUUCCUGCGAAUGCGUGUAUCUCUCAAUGGCCUAAACCCCAUCAUCAAAGACACCAUUGUCGACUUCGACACAGUGGAAAGAGAAGCUCGUCGCCAACAUGUCCUGCAGAGCAAUGCGGAAGGCAUCAUGGAAGAAACGGCCGCUUCAAUCAUUGCAGUUGCCACUAGAGUAGCAAAUGCUAGCACCCAACCGCCUCUUCUCCCUGGCCCUGGAAUGUCUAUUCCCAAACGUAGAGGCAGACCUCCAAAAGAGAAAAAGCAAUCUCCCAGACCAAAAAUCUUAACUGGACUUCUCACCAGUGAUGAAGAGCGUACCUGCAAGUGUGAAACCUCAGAAGGAUUUUCACACCCAAGAUCCUCCUCUUCCUUAGCUGUACUAAGCAGGAACUGUCGAGGGUUAGGGAAUCCCAAGACAGUCCAGCGACUCAAAGAUCUCCACAAGCUACACUCUUCGGAUGUACUUUUCUUAAUGGAGACGAAAAAUCCCGACAGCUUCGUUCUUAAUGAGCUACGAGACCUUUGCUACAACUCUCAUUAUCUGGUAUCUCCACAUGGUCAUGGUGGAGGUGGUCUCGCUUUAUUCUGGAACAGCUGCAUUGACAUUCAAAUUGUUAGUUCACGACACAACUUUAUCGACACAACUGCAGUUGUAAAGGGCCAGGCCUUUAACUGUACCUUCACCUAUGGUGCACCUGAUAUGAGAAGAAGACAGGAGGUUUGGGAUUCUCUGGCUGCGAUCUCAUCCUCAAGACCAGGACCCUGGUUCCUGACAGAAGAUUUCAACGAAAUGAUGGAAAACUCAGAGAAAUCAGGAGGAACUGAUAGAUCAGAGAACAACUUUGUGUUGAACUGA